UUUGAUUUUGGGCAGGACGUCCCUCUCAUCAAUCUCUCUCUCUCUUCCCCACGUUACUCUCUCCCUCUCGUCUCGCUCCAUUGCUAACGCAGAGCCUCUCUCUCGUGUAGGGUAUCUUUCUAAUUCUCUCUCCUCUGUUUCUGUCACUGUGCCCAAAUCUAACUCAUUUCUUAUAAUCCUAAAAUCUCCUAAAUCCCUCAAAGAAUCGAUCAAGCCAAGCCAAAUUCUCAAGCAUAAGGGAUUUUAGAGUGAGACUGAGCUUCGAUUAAAAGAAAAUUGCUCAAGCAUCAUAUGAAAUAUUAAACAUAGAUAGUGGGCUUACAAAUAAGCAUAGGAGGCAUGAAUCCCUUGACAUUAGUGAAGCAGAUACAAAAGAUUACUUCUACAGAAGCUUCAUUUGGGGUUUCAGAAGAAGCAUCAUGGCAUGCCAAGUACAGGGAUUCUGCUUAUAUCUUUAUUGGCGGCAUUCCAUUUGACCUCACUGAAGGGGAUCUACUUGCAAUUUUUGCUCAGUAUGGCGAGAUUGUUGAUAUCAACCUAAUUAGAGAUAAGAGUACAGGGAAAUCUAAAGGUUUUGCAUUUCUUGCAUAUGAAGAUCAGAGGAGUACAAUCCUUGCAGUAGAUAAUUUUAAUGGAGCUAAGGUUCUUGGGCGGAUCAUAAGGGUUGAUCAUGUCGCUGACUAUAAAAAGAGACAAGAAAACGAAGAGGAAGAGGGGCUUAAAAGAGAGGCACGGGAUCUUUGCCGUGCUUAUCAAAAAGGCAAUUGUAACCGUGGAGCCGCGUGCAAAUUUUUACACAGUGAACAAGAAGAUGCCAACACGAAUUGGGCCAACAAAGACGGCGGUUCAAGAUGGGGACAUGACAAACAUGAUGACCUGUUGAAGAGCCAUCGGGGACACGUUCGGAAAUCAGAAGCUCAGCCACAUAAUUUGGUGCUUUCAAGAUCUUCUCACAAGGAUGACAAUAGAUCUAGUAGCCAUGAAAACCGUGGAAAUCGGAAGCAUUCAAUACGUUGAGAUUGUGGAGCCUCUCUAAGUUCUAGAUAGGGAAGGGAAAAUUAACUAACGAGGAUUAUAAGAAGUGGUUGAUUAAUUGUAGAAGUUUUUUGGUGACGUCUUCGUUGGGCCCACCUCAUUUACAUGUACUGUAUAUCAUAUCAUCUAAAGCAGGAAAGGAGUUUUUCUUUAGUGGAAAACUUCAGCAAACGAAAAUUCUGACGAGAAAUUCUUUCUUCUAUAAUUAGGUAAAAAACUAGUUUAGGAAAUACUACUGUAUAAAUUGGAAAAAUUCUGCCAUCAGUGAAUUGUUUCCAGUUCAAUGUACUAGCACUUCAAAUUCUUUGAAGAUGCAUUCAGUAGCAGUUUUGAGCACAUGUACUAUGCUUCCUUGGGAGCAUAAUCGUUUACUUC